AUGGGUCGUGGUUUUGCGCCGUAUUGCAAGAGUCGGGCCUUCCACUUUCUCGGCUUCAUUCAUUUCAUGGACGACAAGCAUUAUUAUCUCGAGGAAGACCCUACAGUCGUAUUUCAAAUGGACAAUUACAUACACGGACUAGAGUGCCAUCUCGGCAUAUGUAUUUUCAGGUUUCCGUUCAAGAAAGGCCUUCAACACGUCCGUGAUAUCUCUACACUUCCCAAAGCAAUAGUGAAAUGUGGUACAGAAACUUACAAACUACCUCCGCUGACUGCAGCGUCUUGUAUCAUAACGUCGGGCUCUUUCAUACUGGACUUUAACAUUCAAGGAAUACGGUUCAGGCAUUAUGAUUAUUUAUUGUCACUCCCGAACGGUCACACUUAUUACACAAAAGAAAAAUCAUCACCAUUGCAAUGUGAUCAUCACGUAUGCGAAUGGAACAACACCAACUUCUACGGAGGUCCAUUCAUUAUACCCGGCGAUCCUGGGAGGGGUCUGUCUCCUAUACCUCCUUUCAUUGAACAAACAACCGAAGCGUUCCGAGUGACAACGGACCCGAACACCGAUUUCAACCCCAAUAUCACUUAUUCUCUCGAUGGUUGCUGGUUCAUGUUCCCGCCAAACUAUGGAUCGAUAGCCGGCGUCAGCUACUUGGAUCCGUUAACUGUCAAUGAAUACAGAUUUAGCUGCCAAGGUGCAGCGAAUAAGGGCCUAUACUGGUAUCCACAAUGGAUGGGCGUUCCGCCCCACCACCCGUACCCGCAGUCCGGUGACGUACCGGACCUGAAACAAGGGGCGCCGCCAAUCUUCUACCCCCACCAGCAAGGUCCACAGCCCGGUCCAAUAAAACCUUUAGGCUCGUAA